UUGAAGUUCAGAAGAUGUCAGAUCUGCCUGCUGAUAGACUGGCAAUGGAUCCGCCCUUUACUCAUGUAGGGCUCGAUGCCUUUGGCCCAUGGACAGUAACCACUAGGCGCACUCGAGGGGGAGCCGCUGAGAGCAAGAGGUGGGCAGUCAUUUUUGCUUGCCUUAGUACGAGAGCUGUACACCUUGAAGUGAUUGAAUCCAUGUCAACCUCAAGUUUCAUCAAUGCCAUGAGACGCUUUCUAGCCAUCCGUGGACCUGUCAAACACUUAAGGUCAGAUAGAGGCACUAACUUCAUUGGUGCAUGCCAUGAGCUUCAAAUCAAUACGGAUGACCCUGAGGUCAAGAGCUACCUGCAAGAGCAGGGAUGCACAUGGACUUUCAAUGCUCCCCAUUCCUCACACAUGGGUGGAGCUUGGGAGAGACUGAUAGGAGUAGCAAGACGCAUACUGGAUGGACUCUUUGCAAAGGAUGGUGCUACAAGACUUUCUCAUGAAGUCCUGACAACCUUGAUGGCCGAAGUUAUGGCUAUCAUGAAUGCACGCCCCCUACUCCCUGUCUCCAACGAUGCAGAGGUACCAGAAAUCCUCUCACCUGCCACUCUGCUCACCCAGAAGGCGAGCGCCAGUCCGGCACCCCUGGGAGACUUCGAGCUGGAUCAUCUCAGCAAGGUCCAGUGGCGCCAGGUCCAGAGCUUGGCGGACUCCUUCUGGAAGAGGUGGCGGUCGGAGUACCUGGCGACACUUCAACCACGGAGGAAGUGGACUGCAGAGAAGCCCAACCUCCAGGAAGGUGACAUUGUUUUGAUAAAGGACAGUCAGGCAAAGCGUAACAUGUGGCCUCUUGGGCGGGUAGUUAAGGCAAUUCCUAGUGCAGACACCAAAGUUCGUAAGGUCAUAGUCAAGACUCUUAGCCAAGGGGUAGUUAAGGAGUAUCUUAGACCCAUUUCUGAUGUUGUUUUACUGAUGACUCUAAAGAAAGAGUAAAUAGUGGUAUACAAGUAUACCAAGCGGGGAGUGUGCUGUCCUGUUUGUUAUUGGGUGGGAUUAGGUGCCCCCUUGUGUUACUGUUAGGUACUGCUUCAAUAAUUUCUAUCACUUCCUGUCACUCGAGGCUCUUCCUUUUACGAAACUUGAAAGCUGUGGAAGGCUGUAUUCAAAUGAGCUCCGCCUGAAUUUCAGUUGUGAAAACCUAGGAGUGGAACCAUUAUUUUACAAAAUUGUAAGAUUCAAGAGGAUACAUUAAAAA